AGGUAAAAAUAUGACCGAUAAGGAGAAUUUCUACUCGGGAUUCUUUCUUGGACGACUGCCAGGCUCAUUUGACAGCCGAUUUUUGAUUAAAGUCGCCUGUUUUCAGCCCGGAAAAGAGGAAAGAAAUGUUUUUGAGCUUACAACAGAUACAAAGAGAGAAGAAGAUUAUGGAGAAAUGGUGCAUUUUUGGGUAGACAAAGGACCUCUCCAGAACAAGUCAUUCGUCCGGUUUGAAGAGAAUUACGAGACUUUUUUUAUUCAUGAGAAUAAGAUGUUUGACAGAAUCGUGCAUACGGAUAAAGAUUUUUAUGUUGGAGUCAACGACCUUCCAGAUUCAGAUAUCUACAUACAUCCAGAUUUAGGAAAAAUGAUUGAUACCCGUUCAAUUGUGACGCCGGGAAAGAAAUACAACUUUAUCACUUUCGAGGUCAAACAGAAUGAAAACAAUAGUUUUGAUAUUGAAAUUGUUGGUGGAGAAGUUCAGGGAAAAGAAAAGAAUUCUGAAGAGCCAUCUGCCAAGGAAAAAAUAAUUCAAAAAAUGGAACAAGUUCAUGAAGUGAUGAAAGUAGAGUAUGAGUACAAUAAAAAUGAAGAAACCGCGAAUUGGGAUGUAAUCGGACAUUUGAAACUCAUCAAAUUUUAUGACAAAGAUCUCACAUCUGGGCUUCGUCCUGUACUACGGCUUAUGGAUAAUAGACACGUUGCGUUGUUCAAGAAGCAGAGAGAAACCAUGCCAAUCAAGAUGAUCAAAGUGAUUGAAGUAGACGGAAUUUGGAAGGAUGAUGUUAAUUUCGUACCGCAAGAAGGUACACUUCUUCCUACAGAUCAUGAUGAAAAAACCGUCGUCCUAUUGGGAAAUGAUUACCGUCAUAAAUUCGAACGUUUGUUCAAACGUGAAGACGUGUUCAGAUUGGAAUCCAAUAAUACGCUUACGCAUCUUAAAUUCUGGCAGUUCACAACGGAGCAGACUUGCUGCCUCUUCAUCAUCGUCAUCAAUCUCCAACCAAUACGAACUUCGCUUUAGGGAAAUGUGUAGCGAGUCCUCCGAUCUUGAUCAUUGGAAUUUGUGAAGCUUCGUCGAGCAUCACCAAUCCAAUCUCAUUCGCUUUGCUGGCGAAUCCAAUAUCAUUGAGAGCUGUGUGAAUCGAUGCUGUAGUCCCGAUGAUGAUUGCUGUCUCAUGAAUCUUCAUCAACGCCGUCCAGAUGGUAUGUGCUGGGGGCUCCGUUUUGUAUGGUGCUUUGCAUCGAACUCUAAUCUCGUUGUUCAACAUCGGCGACGGAAGAAGUCCAUGAGCGUUCAAAUGUCUCGCGGCGUCAAUAAUUGCAGGAUGGGUUCCUCUGACAUUCGGUCUGUUGACUGACUGCACGACCUCCGUGAACACUUCUCUCCAUAGAAUCGGGAAAUCAUCCUCUGUGAGCACUUCCGGCUUCGCCUCAUCUCUCAAACGCGCUGACAUGGCUCGAACAACCUUCACUCUUCCUCUGGGUGCCAACGAACGAAUCGCAUCAUGAAUUGCCUUCACUGCUCCAUUGUUGUUCGCUGAAAUAAUAACUCUUUGGAUAUUUUGAUUUGAAAAUUCGAUAGCUGUUGCAGCUACCGCCUUGGUUUUACCCGUGCCAAAGGCACCAUCCAAUGAUAAAGCUCCGAGCUUCAGGUCGCAACAAGCUUGAAUGAACGUGCUCUGUUGAGCUGAACACACGAAGUUCUGAUAUCUGAACUCCUUAUGUGGAUAGUUUAAGCCAUUACUUGCUAUGAUUGGACCACCAUUUAACGCUGCAAAGGUUGCCAAACCUUUAUUACGAUCCAACACCGUAUCCACUGGAACAACAGGAGUUGCUGCUAGAAGGUGACCAUCUGCUUCUUUAGUUUGUUUUAUAAGGACUGCGUCCUCUCCGACCGCCAAAAUGUGAACUGCAUUAUCGGCCGGUCUCAGAAUUCUGCACUCGAUCGUGGUGAUCGCAUCCGUCGACUGCACCGCGUGAUCGACCGCUGCUGGCACGAAGGUUCCGGCUGGUGUUUCGAUCGAGAAUUUGGUACCAUUCUUCCAAUUGCACGCCUUGACUGGCCUUCCAGGAUAUUGAAGAGCAAAAGAAACCUUCAUUGAUCCUUCCAAUUCACGUAC